AUGGGUCGUCAGUCGCGGAGACGGCCACCGGCAUGCUCGCUUUGCCGGAUCCGAAAGCUGCGCUGCAACCGCGGCUCUCCUUGCUCUAACUGCUCGAUCCGUGGAAUCCCUUGCAACCUCGAUGGAUCUGGGGCAGCUCCGGCCCAAGGCAUUGGAAUUCAGGCCGCCGGUGAAGCUGCUGUGAUGGGUGGGUCGCAGGAGGCUCUCAACCGGAACCACUUGGCACCCUCGUCACUGGUGUCUUCUCAGCUCCAGCUUGUCACAGCAGAUGUGCUCGGCCUGGAGAAUAACUGCUCGAGCCAGAAAGUACUAGAUUCAUUAGCCCCUCCUCCCAUCACUUUUCGUACUCGAUCUAUCCGCACCAUUACUAGCCCUUCAUUCUUUGUUUUGCACCCUGCUAGCUCUCCUCCAUUAACAGAAGAAGUUAAAGUCAUCAAGUGUAUAUGUUUGCCUUUGAGAGGAGAUGCUCAUAUCCUCUUGGACAAGUUUAUCAAAGAUGUCCUGCAUUUCCAUCAUAUAUUCCAUACACCUUCCCUGCCUUCUACAGUGGAUCGAUUCUAUGACGCCGUUGAGCAAGGCCAGGUUGUUGACAUAGGGCAAUUGAUGAUCAUGCUUGCGAUUUGCUGUAGUAGCACGCAUACGUGGACUCGAUAUGAUGAUAACAAGGGACUUUUUCACUGCUCAGAAGACGCCAACUCACAGACUGCAGGGUGGCUUACAACAGCCCUCGAUGUCAUUCAUCAUGCCCACCUAUCAGCACAUGCGUCAAUGGCAUGUGUACAAGCCAUUAUUGUUGUAUUUUUCAUGAUAUGCAGUUUAGAGGGCAUUUCAGCUCGUGCCCGACUGCUUCACGCUCAGGCAGUUGCAAUGGCCCAGGAGAUUGGCCUGCAUUUUAUCGACUCUCCAAAUAACAGCAACCCUUCAACUACAAUAAAACACUCCACCAUUCAAGCUGAAAUUGGCCGUAGAACAUGGUGGUAUCUUACAGAUACCGACUGGAUGCUUUCCAGGCUGUCAGUUCCUCAACAAGGGGCAUAUACAAUCCUACCCAGUCAGAUGGCAGUACGAAAACCUUGUAAUGCAAACGACGAAGACAUUAUUGAAGGGCAAGAUAUUAUUGACCGCCCGCCAGAAGAGGCCACUUCUGUGUCAUAUCUUCUACAACGUACUCGCCUUGCCGAACUCUUCUAUAGCCUCGGUGGCCACGACAAACCAAUCAAUUGGAAUCCAGAAGAGGCAGACUACGGGAAAAUCAUGGAAGCAGACAUGAAGCUGCGACAGUUUAUGCGAGAACUACCGGCAUUCUUCCGCCUCGAAAAGAACAGCGCCCUUUCUAAACUACCACCCUCGGAUAUCCGGCGUUCAUCUAACAUCACGAUUCAACGACAUAUGCUCAACAUGAUAUUUUACGGCCAAAUCUGCAAAUUGCACUUACCAUAUCUCGCCCGAGGAACAAUAAACCCUGGCUUUGCGUACUCACAUGACUCUUGCUUGAAAGCGGCGCAGCGCAUUAUCUACGUAGAGCACCGGAUGAGAGCUGAAAACUCGACAUUCGUCUUGUUUCGCCAGCGCAUGAAUGUCAAAUUCCGGAGCAUCUUCAUUGCCUGCGUUGUGUUUGUAUUGGAUGGGUGCUUAGCCAAUAAUACCGAAGGCAGCACAGCGGAAGGAGACGCAACAAUGAGUGAUGCAUGGAGGAUUUUAUAUGAAGCAAAGGGACAGUCGCCAUUGGCAUCUGAGCUGCUGCAUCUCUCGAUACAGAUACUGCGAAAGUACAGGGCGUCGCAUCCGGCCCUUGAAGCACUGAAGAGAGAAAAUUGCAAUAAAGAGGUCGUGCCCGCGCCUGUUAACCAAAACGGCCUCGUGGAUGAAGGAACAGCGGAGAACAUCAAUAUGCCUAUGGAUCGGGAGGCCGGGCGAGUAGAUUUCGAAACAGACAACAUCGACCUGGAUAAACUGUGGGAGACACUCCAAGGUCGUGGAAGGGACUGGAAUAAUCUCUUCUGGAGUUUAGGCCCUCCACUGAUUUAA